AUGGCUGAUCGUCGGGCUCUCUUGCAUCUCACCCAGGGCCUUUUAGAGGUCCUACGUGAAGAUGAGCUUCAAAGCCAGGUGCGGGCUGCGUCUGCGGCUGCUGGAUGGCACCCUGGUAUGCCGACGUUGCCUCCACAGAUGCACAUGAUGCCGCAGUGGCAGGCAAGGCCACCUCGCAUGAUCGCGGGGAUGCCGUCGCACAUGCCCGGCACGCAGCUGAUGGGUCCUCCAGCUGCUGCUGCUACUAUGAUGGGUCCCCCUAUGAUGGCCCCCCCUGGCUUCUGCCCUGGUCCAAUUCCGGCAAUGCCAGUGCGGCCUAUGACUGUGACGCCAAUAGUGGAAGAGCCUGAUUCUGACGAUGUCGCAGUUCCUCAUGGUGCGACAGCUCGACCUGCUGCAGCAUCUGCUGCUGCUGCUGCUGCUGCUGCAACAGCAGCGACGGCCGGCACUGAGAUGGAGGAGAUUCCCGUGGAAGAGGAGCCGCCCCCGCGUUCCACUCGCCGUCCAGUGAGCCCUUUAGCAGGGCCAAAAAAUCGACCUGUCUUAGCACCCAGGUAUGCGAGGAAGAGCAGCCCAGCCACUCCAGCUCCUUCCUUGUCCUCGACCGGACAUGAUGAUGAUGCUCCUGGCCCCGCUCCAGCUGCUUCCUUGUCCUCCCUGGGACAUGAUGAUGUUCCUGGCGCCUGGCCCAAGUCGGCUCCUGCACUAGCUUCCGGGCACGCUCUCGCAGCCGCCGCAGACGCCGUGAUGAUGAUGAAGGCCCACCUGAUGACCAUGACGAUCACACCCAUGGCGGAGGUGGCGGAGCUGCUGGAUCUGCUACAACUGCAGCAGCAACGUGAGAGUGGUAGCUCCAUGACGAAAGCUGAACUCCUCCGAGUCUUCCAGAGAAAAUGUCAGCAGCAGCGCAGUUCGCAGGAUGCAUUUUGCUCCUAA